UAUAAUGAGACAUAGCAUAUGUUACUCCUCAAACCUUAUCCAUUUUCAAUCUCUAUAGUGUAUACCCUCAAGAGUGUUCCGUUUUCUUACCAAAGUGUUGUAUUCUUGUUAAAGAAAUUAAAAGCAUAACUGAAAACAGAGGACUCUGUUUGUGUUAUGGCUUCACUAUAUGAGGUGCUUGGGAUUUCAAUGGGAGCAAGCGGGCAUGAGAUAAAAGCUGCAUACAGAAAGCUAGCAAGAACAUGCCACCCUGAUGUUGUGGCCAUGAAUCAGAAGGAAAGCUCGGCCAACAUGUUCAUGAAGAUCCAUUCAGCUUAUUCAACACUUUCAGACCCAGAUAAGAGAGCUAAGUAUGAUAGAGAAACUUAUGGACACAAGGUCAUGAUGAGAUCUUCAUCAAACAUGGCUACUUCAGCUUCUAUGUCAGCAACAUACCAAUCAUUUUCUCAACAAGGGAGGAAGUGGGAAACAGAUCAAUGUUGGUAGUCUUGUAUUACAUUGUAUUAAUGCCAUUUUUUUGUACGCCUCUGAUCAUAUUUAAUGCGUGUUCUAAGAAUAUUUACUAGCUAGUACCCGUUUUCGU